AUGAAUGAAGAUCAGGGGGAAAACACCACCCUCCCACGGCUGGUGGUGGGAGAAGUACGGUGGGACUUGGAGAUACGGGUGAGGACGUUCCGCCACACGCAGCUGGUGCUGGCAGGGGUGCCGGACCAGUGCCUGUACGUGCCCGGGUGCCUGAGACGGCAGGUGCUGAAGUGGGGGCAUGCCUCGUGGCUGGCGUACCACCCAGGCGUGUCACAGACGCUCGCCAUGACAGCUUUCACCUGUGACUACUUUGGCAAUACUAAGAUGCCUAGUUUAUUUAAAGAGGGAGACAUCAUGUUGGGAGGAAUUUUUCCUGUUUAUUUUAAAGAAGUUAUCAACAUUUCCACAUAUGAGACAAAGCCACCUGACAGUGUAGUAUGUGAAGGAAGUGCUUUACAGGCUGCUCUAGCCCUGGCUAGUGGAUUAGAAGACCUCAGCUCCAUUUCACAUUGUCCUCCAGCUGUUUCUGCCCUGAUAGCAGAGUCAGGAUCAUCUCAGUCUAUAGCUGUGGCUGGAACUCUUGGACCUUUUCAACUGCCCAUAGUGAGUUACUUCUCUGCAUGUGCCUGUCUCAGUGACAGAGUCAAAUAUCCUACCUUUUUUCGAACAGUCUCCAGUGACUCUUUCCAGGCAAAAGCUUUGGCAGCACUAAUGAGGCAUUUUGACUGGCAGUGGAUCGGAAUCAUACAGUCAGACAAUGACUACGGCCAGAAUGGGAUACAUGGGUUCACUGAAGAAGUUAAAAAGUUCGGGGUCUGUAUUGCAUUUGUUGCUAAGUUUCUCCGUACAUAUUCUUUGGAGAAAACUUUGAAUGUUGUGGAAAUUAUCAAACAGUCAACUGUCAAAGUCAUUCUGGCUUAUGUUCCUGAGGGUGACUUCUAUUAUUUGAUGACGGAGAUAGUGAAGCAGAACAUAACAGGGAUUCAGUGGCUUUCGAGUGAUGCCUGGAUAACAGCAGCUCGACCUUCUACACCAGAAAUGUACCAGGCAUUUGGUGGAGCUCUAGGGUUUGUAGGUCGGAAGAUGGCUAUUCCAACACUAAAACCAUUUCUCACAAACAUUAGUCCAUAUAAGGAUCCAAGUGCUUUUGUGAGGGAUUUCUGGGAGAUUAUGGUUACGGAACAGUUACGAAGAGUACAUUUUAUGAAUCAGUUUGGAGAUAAUGUCUUCUUUGAUGAGAAUGGUAACCCACCAGCCUAUUAUGACCUGAUUAACUGGCAGCUGACCAAUGGGCAGGUUCCAACAUCCUUGUGCUCCAGUGUUUGUCCAACAGGAACUAGAAAAGCUCAAAUUAAAGGAAGACCCACCUGUUGUUUUGACUGUGUCCCAUGUGAUGAUGGAACAAUAACUAAUUCAACAGCAGAGUGCUCCCCCUGUCCACAGGAAUACUGGUCUAAUGACAGAAAGGAUACGUGUAUUCCUAAAACCACUGAGUUCCUGACAUACCAGGAGCCCAUAGGAAUAGCAGUCACAGUGGUUUCUCUAGUAGGAUCUGGUUUGUCACUGGCCACAUUGAUGGUUUAUAUCCGCUACAGAGAAACUCCUGUGAUUAAGGCCAGCAACUCUGAGCUGAGCUGUUUCCUGUUGUUCUCUCUCUUGCUGUGUUUUCUCAGUCCUCUCACUUUCAUUGGCAGACCUACGGUCUGGACAUGCAUGCUACGCCACACAGCGUUUGGCGUGACCUUUGCCCUUUGUAUUUCCAGUGUCUUGGGAAAAACUAUUGUUGUUGUCACAGCUUUCAAAGCCACAUUUCCAGGCAACAACGCAGCAACAAAGUUUGGUCCCUCACAGCAAAGGAUCAUCGUUUGCUCCUGCACUGUGAUCCAGAUAAUCAUCUGUGUAUUGUGGCUUAGACUGAACCCACCUUUCCCAGACAUGGUUUUUAGAUACAGCAAUAAGAAGAUUGUUUUAGAAUGUAACCCAGGCUCCGAGGCAGCUUUCUAUGCGGUGCUGGGCUACAUAGGACUCCUGGCAAUAACAUGUUUAGUUCUGGCAUUUCUAGCUAGAAAGUUGCCUGAUAACUUUAAUGAGGCUAAGUUCAUCACAUUUAGUAUGCUUAUAUUCUGCGCUGUCUGGAUCACCUUCAUUCCAGUCUACAUCAGCUCUCCAGGGAAGUUCACUGUAGCUGCUGAAACAUUUGCAAUUUUGGCUUCAGCACUUGGCUUAUUAAUUUGCAUAUUUGCACCUAAAUGUUACAUUAUAUUGAUCAAACCAGAGAAAAAUACCAAGAGACAAGUCAUGGGAAAAAUCAGAACAUAAACAUGUUAUUAAUUGUAGGUUCUUAUAAUUACAAUUAAUUAAAGGUAAAACUAAUUAGAAAAUUACGACUGAGUAGAGGAGAUCUUACUAAUAUAGCUUACUAAUAUUAAUAAGAAUAAGUUAAUCCUCUAUAUGCUGAGAACAAACUAUUAUAAACUUGAGAGAAGGUUCAGGGAAACCUCAUCUAAACUUACACUGAGGUGCGAAAAUAUUUCACUCUAGAACACUGACCCAGUUUUGGAUGAGAUGCAGAAGAACUUCAGUGAUGCCUCGUUUCCUAGAAAUUCAUUGUCCCCCUUACCUAAAUAUUCAAAGGGCUGAAUGGUUGCUAAAAUGUAUUGCAUUUUUUAUGGUAAGAAACCCAGGUCUAAAUUUUCCUUUUCUUUUGUUUUCACCUGCUGAUCAUAGAAGUUCAGUGAAGAGUUAAUAACCACGGAAUAAACAUAGGCAUUCCAGAGUGGAGCACAACAGCCUGAUCAGAAAGCAGAAAGAGAGUUUACAAUUUUCUUCAUUCCUCAUACCAGAAACAAAUGGAAGGCACCGGCAGCUAAGCAGAGAGAGUAAAAAGUAGCAAAGAUUAUAUUGAUUUCAUGCUGUGAUAAAAUCAGCUUUCAGAUGUUUGUCAUUUAUUGUUCUGUCAUCUCAUUUGUUUUCCUGAGUUUCUAACUUCUGUAUGUGAGCACAAGUCUCGUUUCCACCACCUUUACCUCCAGAAACAAAAACACACCUC